CUUAGUUUAUAUAGUUAAUUAAUUAGAGAGAUACGGGUGAGAAAGAAAGGGAUGUAGGGUGUGUCUACACGCGUCUGUGAUUGUUUUCUCGACGGGUGAGUGUUUGGAUGUCGUACCCUGCUCUAUGUGAAAGUCUUCCACAAGCAGAGGGAGCUACUGCUUUCUCCUCACGCCUCCUUUCGCCACCGGGGAGCCGUCUUUGCGCACAUAUCCUUGUUUUUGCAUUUCAAUCACUGAAGGAAAAAUAACAAGUAACCUAGCUCGGUGCUGCACCAAACACCUGGCAUACAAGCUUUAGGUACAAUCUGAUCAUAGAACAGAGACUGUCAAGUAUUUUAACCCAGAGAAAGAAGCGGCUAGCUGUGUUUUAACCGAAGGCUUCGUGUAUGCCGCAGCUGUGCGACUGUCUGUGCGGUUGGUAAAGCGACUAUAUGUGAUGGACCGGAGCCCGUUUCAUCGCCACAGCAUUACGGAUCAGGUAUUCAGUUUGUAGGAAAAGCGAUGGAAUGGUGGUGCAAGCCAAUGCGAUCAGUGUCCACGGCCUGAAGAGAAACAAUACAAUGGAGAUUCAUCCAAUAUGCACCAAGCUAUGUGCACACAAACCCCAGGAGCUGAAGGAUGACCUCUCAGAGAAACAGUGCCCUAUCACCAUAAACCCACGCCACAUGAAAAAAGCCUUUCGUGUUAUGAAUGAACUUCGCAGUCAGAACCUCCUGUGUGAUGUGGUGAUAGUGGCUGAGGACGUGGAAAUCUCUGCUCACAGGGUGGUGCUGGCUGCUGGGAGUCCAUACUUCCAUGCCAUGUUCACAGGUCAGACACCGCUGUCCUCUGCUCGGACCACACCGUGGCCACACUAUGACUACGGAUGCGCACAUGCUCCAGGGUUGUGCUUGUGUGUUUCAGGAGAGAUGAGCGAGAGCAAGCAGAAGCGUGUGCGCAUUAAGGAGAUGGAUGGCUGGACGUUGGGCAUGCUCAUAGACUAUGUUUACACCGCAGAGAUCCAGGUCACAGAGGAGAAUGUACAGGUGCUGUUGCCGGCUGCUGGCCUGCUGCAGUUGUCUGAUGUGAAGAAAGCGUGCGGUGAGUUCCUGAGCUCACAGCUCCACCCGACCAACUGCCUGGGCAUCAGGGCCUUCGCUGAUCUACACGCCUGCGCUGAUCUGCUCACACAGGCCAACACAUACGCCGAACAGCAUUUCUCUGAGGUAGUUCACUGUGAGGAGUUUCUUAACCUGGGGAUGGACCAGGUGUGCAGUCUCAUCGCCAGCGAUAAACUCACCAUUCCCUCUGAGGAGAAGGUGUUUGAGGCUGUCAUAGCUUGGGUGACUCACGAUAAGGAUGUUAGGCAAGAGCACAUGGCUCAUCUGAUGGAACAUGUUCGGCUGCCACUGCUCUCUAAAGAGUACCUGGUGCAGAGAGUGGAGGAGGAGAGCCUUGUUAAGAACAGCAGCGCAUGUAAAGACUACCUGAUUGAGGCCAUGAAGUACCACCUGUUGCCAGCAGACCAGAGAUCCAUGAUGAAGACCAUUAGAACUCGCAUGAGGACACCGGUCAGCUACCCCAAGGUGAUGGUGGUGGUGGGGGGGCAGGCUCCUAAAGCCAUUCGCAGUGUGGAGUGUUAUGACUUUGAAGAGGAUCGCUGGUACCAGGUGGCUGAGCUUCCAUCCAGAAGAUGUCGAGCAGGGGUGGUGUAUAUGGGGGGCAUGGUGUAUGCUGUGGGGGGCUUUAAUGGCUCUCUGCGGGUGCGCACCGUGGACUCGUAUGACCCAGUGAAGGAUGAGUGGUGCUGUGUCAGCAGCAUGCAGGACCGCCGCUCAACACUAGGGGCAGCAGUGCUCAACGGCCUACUGUAUGCUGUUGGGGGGUUUGAUGGAAGCACAGGUUUGGCCACUGUUGAGGCCUAUAAUGCUAAAGCCAAUGAGUGGUUCCACAUCCAGCCCAUGAACACACGCAGGAGCAGUGUUGGCGUGGGAGUCGUUGGAGGAAUCCUGUAUGCUAUUGGAGGUUAUGAUGGAGCAACGCGCCAAUGCCUGAGUACUGUAGAGGCCUACAACCCAAACACUAAUGAGUGGACAUACAUGGCAGAGAUGGGCACUCGCCGCAGUGGCGCAGGUGUGGGCGUGUUGAAGGGUUUACUGUAUGCAGUUGGUGGACAUGACGGGCCACUGGUGCGUAAGAGCUGUGAGGUGUAUGACCCUGCCAACAACAUCUGGAAACAGGUGGCAGACAUGAACAUGUGCCGCAGGAACGCAGGAGUGUGUGCUGUGAAUAAUGUGCUGUACGUGGUGGGCGGAGAUGAUGGCUCGUGUAACCUGGCCUCUGUGGAGUUUUACAACCCCAGCACUGACAAAUGGACCCUGCUGCCCACCGGCAUGAGCACUGGACGCAGCUAUGCUGGUGUGUCGGUGAUCGAUAAGCCCUUGUGAAGCAGCUGACGUGUGCUGCUGGUACUGUACUCACUCAGUUUGGCUGAGGUUCACUUGGGGGCUGUAACUUCCUCUGGGAGCUGCUUCAACAGAAGGCUGUGCAGAGAUGACUUCUCUCUCUCUCUCUCUCUCUCUCUCUCUCUCCCUCCCGUCUCUCUCCUUCUAUCUUAUUCUUUUUCUGCUUCAACAUAUCCCCAUGUUCAAAUGUUUUUUUUUACCUUGUCAGUAAUCCUGUUUCUAUUCUUCUCACCUUUUCCUUUAUUUAUUUCCAGUUGCUAUCUGUUAUGCUAUGUCUUUCAUUUCUCUCUUAAACUUGCUACUUCUCUCUGUUCUGUUCUCUAUUCUCUCUCUCUGUUCUGUUCUGUUCUCUCUAUUCUCUCUCUCUCUCUCUCUCUCUCUGUUCUGUUCUGUUCUCUCUAUUCUCUCUGUUCUGUUCUGUUCUCUCUAUUCUCUCUCUCUCUCUCUCUGUUCUGUUCUCUCUAUUCUCUCUCUCUGUUCUGGGAGUGUUGAUGAGGAUUAUUGCACUUAGCAGGAGGAGCACUAAAGAAGGAGUUCUGACAGGACAGGACUCUGUUGGUUGUUGAACAUUUUCCUAAUUGCAGAUGAACUGUCACCUGAGCACACUGAGCCUCAAGACCGUAGAGACCCUAGUCUGUGGUCUUUGGUCAUCUUUUUUGUGCAAGAUCGAUGGACGUGAAGGUCAUUUUACUCAACGCUGAUAUAUGAUGCGUGUGUAAUAUAACGUGUAAUCGAGCCGGAUAACAUUUGCACCAGUCAGAUUCUGUAUUUAACUGACACAACCGUUAAAUAGGCAGGACACCACUGGACACUGAUGUAUACAUGAUGUAACAUUUCUGUGUUGCUGUUGUGUUUGCCUCUGAUUAAAAAUAACCACUAGUGAAGGGGAAUGAAACAGGCCAGCACAUUUCCAGAGUUCGUUUGCCAAACAUGACUGUCCUAGCAGGCCAUAAUGCAGAAUGUCCUAGCCUAUGCUCUGUUAGCUGUUUAUGAGUAUGCCCCCCCCCCCUCCCUGCGCCUGUGCUGACGCUCCAUUGGUGUUUUAAAAAUGCAAAUGUGUUUGGCGCAUGCGGUAACUAUGGGAUACCUCCAGUUGUCCUGGAUAGGAGAGGCAUCUGCAUGGUCCUACACUGUGUGUUUGUGUAAUUUCAUUCCUACUUGUUUUAAUGCUGCUGUAAAAUCAGUGAAAUUAUGAAUGUGAUGUGAAGUAUAUGCCACCUCUGCUAAAAAUGACCAAACUUCUAUUAAUGUCUUUCUUUCUUUAUUGCCCUAUUUCUUUCUUGUCUAUUUAUCUAUUUAUCUAUCAUUGAUUUGUAUUUUUUAUGAUAAUUGGUAUGAUAAUAUAACUUGCAAUUGUGUGUUAGUGUAUAAAGGAAUGUUUGUGUUCUGCUUUUUGAAUUGUUUCAUAACUUGAUUUUCUUUUUAAAAUAAUAUUAAUAAAUACGCUUCUGGUAAACAGACCAGUCUGUGCAAUUGAGACAUUAAAA